AUGACAGUCCACAAGGUGAAUUCUGUAGAUGAAUACAAGAAUUACGUUUCAAGACAAGGUCUUGUUGUUGUUGAUUAUUUUGCAACUUGGUGUGGACCAUGCAAUAUGAUUGCUCCAAAGUUGGAGGAAUUUAGUGAGCAACUUAAAGAUGUUCUUUUUAUUAAGGUUGAUGUAGAUUCACUUCCAAGUGUUGCUGAUACAGAAUCUGUUAGAGCCAUGCCUACAUUCAAAUUAUUCCUGAAUGGUAAAGAAAUAAAGAGUGUUGUUGGUGCCAAUUUUGAAGUAGUUCAACAAGCAGUUUUAUCAAAUAGACCAUGA